AUGGCAAGGCUCUGUGCUUUCCUGAUGGUCCUGGUGGUGAUGAGCUACUGGUCAACCUGCUCUCUAGGAUGUGACCUGCUUCAGAGUCAUAACCUCAGGAACAAGAGAGCUUUAAUCCUCCUGGCACAAAUGAGGAGACUCUCCCCCCUCUCCUGCCUGAAGGACAGGAAAGAGUUUGAAUUCCCCCAGGAGAAGGUGGAUGCCCAGCAGAUCCAGGAAGCUCAAGCCAUCCCUGUCCUGAGUGAGCUGACCCAGCAAGUCCUCAACAUCUUCACAUCAAAGGAGUCAUCUGCAGCUUGGAAUGCAACCCUCCUAGACUCAUUCUGCAAUGACAUCCACCAGCAGCUCAAUGACCUGCAAGGCUGUCUGAUGCAGCAGGUUGGGAUGCAGGAAUCUCUCUGGAUCCAGGAAGAUUCUCUGAUGGCUGUGAGGAAAUACUUCCACAGAAUCACUGUGUACCUGAGAGAGAAGAAACACAGUGCCUGUGCCUGGGAAGUGGUCAGAGCAGAAGUCUGGAGAGCCCUGUCUUUCUCAGCUAACUUGCUGGCAAGACUGAGUGAGGAGAAGGAGUGA